UAGUUCAAGUUCACAUAGAAGGAAGACGGGAAGGAGGCUGAUAGUGCAGUAUCAGGCCAGCUCACACUCGCCCAAAUCCCAGAUUAAAGGCCCCCGCCCCCUGCUGCCGCUGCACUCGCUCUGUCUAACCUAGUAACACACACAGCAGCCUCUUUCACUUGUGGCACAGACUGGAUUACUGAGGCACUGUCGGAGCAGGCUGCCCCCACAAUGGUGAGGUGGUUCCACCCAAACAUCACAGGACUGGAGGCGGAGCAGCUCCUGUUGACUCGGGGUGUCCACGGUAGUUUCCUGGCCCGACCCAGCAAGAGCAACCCGGGGGACUUCACCCUCUCGGUCAGGCGGGAUGAUGAGGUGACCCACAUCAAGAUCCAGAACUCAGGGGACUACUAUGACCUGUACGGGGGUGAGAAGUUUGCCACGCUGGCCGAGCUGGUGCAAUAUUACACCGAGCAACAAGAUCUGCUCCGGGAGAGGAAUGGACAUGUCAUCGAGCUCAAAUACCCGCUCAACUGUAAAGACCCUACAUCAGAGAGGUGGUAUCAUGGACAUCUGUCGGGGCGCGAUGCAGAGAAACUCCUCACCGAAAAAGGCAAAGCGGGCAGUUUCCUGGUGAGAGAGAGUCAGAGCAAACCAGGAGACUUUGUGCUGUCAGUGCUCACCAAUGAAGAAAAACAUGACAAUGAUCGCAAGACCAAGGUUACGCAUGUUAUGAUACGCUACCAGGACGGUAAAUACGAUGUGGGCGGAGGAGAGAGGUUUGACACGCUGGCAGACCUGGUGGACCACUAUAAGAAGAACCCCAUGGUGGAGAAGAGUGGGAUUGUGGUGCACUUAAAGCAGCCAUUUAAUGCUACCAGAAUAAAUGCAGCCAACAUAGAAAACCGGGUACGAGAGCUCAACAAAGUAGCUGACAACUCGGAGAAACCCAAGCAAGGAUUCUGGGAAGAAUUUGAGGUACUACAGCAGCAGGAGUGUAAACUGCUGUAUCCCCGGAAAGAAGGCCAGAAGGCAGAGAACAAGAGCAAAAACCGCUACAAGAAUAUCCUCCCCUUUGAUACCACACGUGUUGAAAUCCGGGAAAGUGACCCAGAAAUUCUCGGGUCUGACUACAUUAAUGCCAAUUACAUCCAAGGUUUCCAUGAAGACGGGCGUCACGGAGAUGAGGCUAAAGUCUUCAUAGCCACACAGGGUUGUCUGCAGAACACUGUGUUGGACUUCUGGAAGAUGGUCUAUCAGGAAAACACACGGGUCAUUGUCAUGACAACCAAAGAAACUGAGAGAGGACGGAACAAGUGUGUGCGGUACUGGCCCGAUCUCCAUGGGACAAAAGAGUAUAGCAGGAUCCUGGUGAGGAACGUGGAUGAGAGACCAGCCCAGGACUACAUUCUGAGAAAGCUGGAGGUGACGCGCUUGGACCGGAAGGAGCCGGUGAGGUAUAUUUGGCACUACCAGUACUUGACGUGGCCCGACCACGGUGUUCCAAAUGAACCUGGAGGAGUGCUGUGGUUCCUAGAGGAGGUCAAUCGGACUCAAAGCACCAUGCCCACCGCAGGGCCCAUCGUGGUGCACUGCAGUGCUGGCAUCGGGCGGACAGGCACCAUUAUCGUCAUUGACAUCCUCAUUGACAUUAUUAACCGCCAAGGGCUGGACUGUGACAUCGACAUCCCAAAGACCAUCCAGUGGGUACGACAGCAGAGGUCUGGGAUGGUCCAAACCGAAGCCCAAUACAAGUUUAUUUACAUGGCAGUUCAGCAGUACAUCGACACAGUACAGAAGAGGCUGGAGGAGGAGCAGAGGAAUAAGAUGAAGGAGAGAGAGUACUCCAAUAUCAAAUAUGGCCACAUGACAAACUCCAGGUCCAAAAGCAACAUGGCCUCUUCACGAUCAUCUUCUGUAUUGACAAAUGAUGAUGCAUCCAGUGUGUACGAGAACAUCAACUUUAAAACUCCGCAAACAUCAUUCAGCAGUAACACCAGGAGGUAGAACUAGGAUGGCGUAGGUCAUGUUGUACUUCUCUAGGUGUUGCUGGGUGGUUCCUUGGAUGGGCCCUGUCUCGGCUGUCCAGGUCUGGUCCAGGAGUAGUAGGAACUGGCCGUGCUCCUGACCCCGCUGCAGUGGACAUUGGACAGGGCUCUCCCGCUCACUGCUGCAUGCCUCUCCUCAGGCCUCUCUUCUGCCCCAUAAAAGUGCCUUGUCCUGGAACAUUCACUGUGGAGCCUGAUCUAAACUGAAGAGAUCAGGACUAAGCUGUCUGCCCCUCCUCUCAGCACUGUGUCUGAACCUGGGCAUUUGGAUGUGUGUGUUUGACUGUGGAGGACUAAAGCCAUUCUUUCACCAAACUUAGGACUGAAGUGAAAGAGUUUAUGCUGUAUCCAGAGGGCAUUUGAGCAUUGCUUUCAAAUGGUCACCCAAAAACUUUAAUUUUUGUUUGUAUUAUUUUGUCCAUUGUUCUAUUUUUGUGGUUGGAUCUGAUGGUAUGAUUUUUAUGUUUAUGAAAAUCUAGUAAACAUGAGGACAAGGAGCAUGUUUCAGUGCCAGUUUCCAUUACUCAUUAGAUUUUUGUGUUUAAUUGUUGUUUGUUUGCUGACUUAGGUAAAUUUGUGUAACCAUAACCACAAAGAAAAGGCACAAAAUUUGAACAAUGUAAACAACAUCAGAAUCCACAAAAAUAACACAAAUUUAACUACAUCAUUAAUAGAAGGAACUCAUUACCAACAGUAGUUCAGAGCUAUUGGCGAGCCAUUUAGCUGAAUUUGACUGCACCCAUGUGCCAUAAACAGCUGUACUGUAAGACCUUGAUAUUUAAAGCUGUGCAGUGUAGUAUGCUGUAAUUCCUGAAUGGGACUGUGUCAAGUGUGUAGUGGUCCGAGGCUUGUCUCUGAUUAUCAGCCCGUCUGAAGCACUUGGACAUCUGUCUGAGAUGGUCAAAGGAAACGAGGGACACUGCACGAUUACUGUGAGCCAGAUGGCCGUGUGCCCAGAUUGAAGAAUAGAUUUGUCUCCAAAAAGUAAUUUAGAAGAUGGCCAUAAUCCAGGCUGGAUGAUGCCGUAGAGAGUAGACCACGUCACUGAUGUGAUAAGGAGCCUGGAGCUGAGCCCUGGGCUCACACAGACUGUAGGUUAUUUAUAGAGUGAGCUCUGAAAUAUCCACACAUGUAAAGGUGCUGGCAAAGGACACGCAGGACCAUUCCUAUUCAGAUCCUAAACGUUUUCACAGAUGAAACCAGCCACUCGAUAUUCUAUACACCUGGUCUCUAGAGUAAUGUAACCCAACAUAAAUACAGGUGUCUCAUUAAGAUCCAGAUGCUAAACCUAUGUGAAUAUCAUGUAGGCCCAUUAUCUGUUGUUAAAAUCAAACUCCUUAAAUGAAACACCCAGACAAUCUGCACUAAAGGCAGUGUUAAAUAAAACCACUGAAACAUGCCUGUCUUGUUUAGAUUAAUGCUGUACAUUUUACAAAUAAUCAGAGUAUCACCACCACUAUGCUGCGCAAAUUACAAAUAAAUGAAGUAUAUUUAAUAUGUGCAUGAACUAUUGCAGUUUAAGGUAUGAAAAUGAUUGAGCCUCGGAGCUUUGGUGGAACAUAAACACAUAAAACUCUUCUUUUUUGCUCACACCCCCUGCUGCUCCCUCUCUCAUCACCGUUACCAUGUUAUUUUGAAGUUUUCUAAAAAGGACUUUGCUGCUGGCUGUAGCUGUGUGCUGGAUCCUGCUGUUUCCUCUUUGACUGGGAUUUGUGCGAUGAAUGAGAACUUGUUUAUUGUUUUUGAGUGUAUUGUAAUACUUUGUGUUGUGUUGUGGUGAAACAUUGAUACUUGAAAACUGCACUCUGCCUGGCCUCAGGUUGUGUGGAUGUGGACUGACUGUGAGAAUGUCAUGCUGCCCUAUAGACCUGUGUGUAUUUGUAGUCUGGGCUGGACUACAGCGAAAGGAAAAUGCUGUGUUUUAUCUGUAAGAACUUUUAUUUGGUGAGAAAUUUUACUGACUUGCCAAACCCUAAUAAAAAGCUAUUGCAACGAUGA